UUGCCAAAACGACAAGUAACCUUAACCUCAGAUCAUUUUGAGUGAUGGGUGAUGUUGAUAUCCUAUCAAAGUUCUAAAUUUCCCUCUUUCUUCUUUGUAUUGUUAGGUUGUUAUUCCAGAUAUGGAUUCAACGAGGAGCUCUCUGGAGAAGAGCUCAAGCUAUUUCUCCCCAAGCGAAAGACUCUGUGCAGUGCUUAAAGGAAUAAUAGAAACCGUGAUCUUCAAUUUUCUAGGCUGCUUUAAUUUCCACCGUCUUCCUCCUAAGCCCCAUUACAGCUUCAAUGAUCUCGAUCGCAUUGCUAGCACAACUCUGUUUUCAGUUAAUGAAGUGGAGGCAUUGCUUGAUCUAUUCAAGAAGUUGAGUAGUUCAAUUGUUGAUGACGGCCUUCUACAUAGGGAAGAGCUCCGGUUGGCCUUAUUGAGAACUCCAGCAAGCAAAAACCUUUUCCUGGACAGGAUAUUUGAUCUUUUUGAUGAGAAGAAAAAUGGUGCAGUUGACUUUGAGGAAUUUGCUCAUGCACUCAACAUUUUUCAUCCUCGUGCUUCUCUGGAGGACAAAAUUGACUUCGCAUUUAGGUUGUAUGAUUUGAGAGAGACUGGAUAUAUCGAACGGGAAGAAGUCCGGCAAAUGUUAAAUGCCAUUAUUCUGGAAUCUGACCUGCAGCUUUCAGAGGAAUAUCUUGAAGCAAUCAUUGAUAAGACAUUUGCCGAUGCCGAUAUCGACGAGGAUGGUAAGAUUAACAGAGAAGAAUGGAAGGCGUUUGUUGUUCAGAACCCAACCCUUUUGAAGCACAUGACUCUUCCUUCCUUAACGGAUAUCACCACAGCAUUUCCGAGUUUUAUUUUCAGCACUGAAGUUGAUGACUGAAAUUCUCUGCUAAGCCAAUAAUAUUGAUUGAAAGGCAGCUUCAAUAAAUUAGCAUUCUAAGCAUCCAAAAAAGAAGAAAAGAAAAGAGGCCUUAGCAGCUGGGAUAAAAUCUAAAAUUCGAUACUCUUCAUGGGGGUCAUUUUUUCAAUUUAAUUGCCAGGUCGGGAAUAAAAGUUCUGAAGAGAACACAAUGGUCCAAACUUACUGAUUAUUCUUUUUUUUUUUUUUUCUUAUUCCUUUUCUUAACUCAAAUUGGCAAAUUCUAUGAUACUCUUCUCAUUAACAUUUUCUUCCCAUGUGACAAAAAGGUAACUAUACUUGGUUAAAGUUUGAAAAGUUCAGCUUAUUUUUUCUUUUUGUUUUCAGAAUUAAGAGGGUAAUCUUUCUGAUUCAAAUUUAAUACAGUUACUUUUGGCUUAAACCUGUAACUAAUUAUAAAGUUCAUUUGUUAUUGUAUUAGUUACAACUUUGUAAUGGAGAUUUUUUUUUUCUA